GGUGGCAUCCUGUGGUUGGCACAUAGCAGGCGUCCUUGCGUUCUGAACAGCAGCAACAGCACGAGACUACAUAGGUAAGUAAACGACUGAAGACUAUAAGGGGUUGUGGAUGAUGGAGGGACGAAAAAUGGUGGGUGCUUCACGCUCCAUGCUCCAUGCUGGUUGGCGACGUUUGAAGGAGUUGACGGCUUCUCUCUUCUCGCCAGACCUGGCUCGGUGUGACAUCGAUGGGGGGACGAUCUCGCACGUUGGCUGGGUGAAAGCAGUCAUGCUGGAGAUGUUGGAGGUGAUUGGGGAACUGGAGGAAGAGUGUUAUUUCCACCCUGCUGCUCUUUCUGAUAAAAGCCAGAUGGAUACUCUCAUGAGUGAAUGUAACGAUUCGUUCGAGAAGGGGUGCACUCAGGGAGUUUUACUUGUGAAGAGCUGGGGCGGUGAGCUGCCAGCCAGUAUGGUGGCGGAUGGGCACUUUCUUCUCGAUCGACCGCCGUUACCGUCUCAAGCGGAGUCCACAUCUACACUGUCAAUGGAGGUGAGUGAUCCCCUCUACACCAUGGAUUUUCUUGAUGACCCGACAUCAACAAUAGGGGCGACAUCGCAGAUUACCACUGCUAUACCAACUACAAUAUCUGCAACUGCGACGAUUCCGCUCUGCACCAUGGGUAUUCUCGACAACAUGACAUCAACAACGGGAGCGGAAUCUCGGAUUAUCACUGCUAUAUCGAUUACAACAUCUGCAACUGCGAAGAUUGCUCCCGUUUGCAUCACGGAGAUAUCAAACGAACCGGCGGCUUUUUUCGUUCAAAGGGUUGCUCCGGUGGGUAUCUCGAUGAUAUCUAAUGGAGCCAGGGUGCUUAAUAAUCAAGCAUCUACAACAUCAUCCAAAGAAGCGCCGCCAACUGCCACGGGUAUUAUGAAGACAUCUGAUGGGCCGGGUGAGCUUCUCGAUACACCAAAAACGACGCAGGCUCUGGUCGACAGCAAGAAGACAUCUGACGGGCCUGCUGAGCUUUUCAAUUUUCAAUCAACGACUCAAGCUCCCAGGGGUAUCACGCAGAGUGCUGAGAGGGGGCGGAUUCUGUAUCAACAAUUCUUCCUACUAUCGGUGGGUGAGUAUUUUGAAUCAUUUCAGGCAACGCGACUUGGGCAGGAGAACGAGUGGUUGAUUGCAUGGGGGGCUGCUUGUCUGUGUGCUCGUUAUAUUGUGGGGGAACAAGGAGCGGGACGGUGGCGUGAAGGGGUGGGAUAGUGAAUGCCAGAUUGCCAGAUCGGAUACGGUUGCAUGUGAUAGGCUAGCUCCUCCGUAUC